GUCCUUGCCAAGAUUAGCUCGUUUUCACUUAGGACCUCUUUAGACAGGUGGUAACUUAUCAGAUGAUGUCUUACUUCGUCAUUGCAUUCAGACAGCCGUACCAAACCACGUAAGCCACGCGAUGAACCACAGUUUUUUCCAUCUUUGCUAUUCAAAAAGCAGUCCUGAGACAUAAUAAACGUCUCGCUAACGAACGACUUCUUCCUGUUCUUGCAAUUUUUUCCAACGCGGUACAAGUUCGAGAGAAUUAAAAGAACUCACUGUAACUUUGUAUACUCGAUACGAUUUCAAUUUCUGCGCCCCAGAGAAUUCUACUGUACUUCGUGAGUGGUCAGUGGUUACGCUCGUGAGGUAAAGAAUGGGUUUGUGACUAUUCCACUCAAUUGAAAAGACUCGCGUCUCUCUUAUGAAAUGGUUGAACGGAAUACAGACUGCGAGUACUCUUUUAUUUUCCUUAAAGAUAGUGAGGUCACGCGUAUCCUGUAAGCAUGGAGAAGCCGUGAGACACGAGAUUCGUGUCUCGCGUCUUUGCCGCUCCACGCUCUCGGGGUUGGGCAAAGACAAGACACGUUACUACUAAUGCGAUACAACAGGUUUAAUGGUUAUCUCGAUUAUCUUAACACAUUUAUUCACAUGGUAAAGAUUUGUUUAUAAAUCUAUGAAUUGUUGCCAGUCCUUUAUGGAACGAAAAGUAUUUGAAGCAAAAGAAGAAUACUAAGCAUAAAAAAAGUUGUCUGCAAGACGAAGCAUGCCUUCGCAUUAAGACUCAGAGUCCUAAUGCUUAUUAUGAUACUUUAAUAGAUAUGUUCCAAUGUUUCCAAAAAUUCUCUGAUAAUCUGCCCUCACCCAACCUACACCCCGCCCCUCGACACUGAGCCGUACUGUUUUUCACCCACCGGCUGGUCAGCGGUCGCGUUUAUGAGGUAAUCAUCGCUUCCUGAUCACCGUUCUCGUCGAUCAGAAAAUCAAAAUACCAGCGUGAUAUUGCCUCGAAGAUGAAGCAGUUAUGUUGUUUGAUUCGUACUUAACAUUUGAGUUGAGGCUUGGGUGGCACAGGUUAUUUCUUACGGUGGAAUCGAAGAGGGGAAUUCGAACACUAGUUGCAUAUAGUGUUUGAAUUGCUGGAAGAAAUGGUCGCACGGGGAUGUAGGAAUGGUAAGUUUAACGAACAUAUUCAAAUUUUGCCGCUUCAAUUGAAAGUAAGGUUCAUUCGAAUGCUUUCGUAUGUACUUCUGACGGUUUUAGAUCUACCUGCUCGAUUUAUAUCUGUUACGCUUCAUGUUGACAAGUCCCUCAAAAUGGCGGCCAAACUUGGAGAUUGCCGAAAAUUAGGUAAGUUCACGGAGUUAUAAAGUUUUAGUAAAGGUCGGGCCGCAAAGUUUUUUUCUGUAGUUACCUUUUCUAUGGCACCUACUUCCUAGCUAUGUCAGUUGGAUCAGUUAAGAACGCCUCACUUUUUCAAAAAAUUAGCUUGAAUUUGAUCGGUUUUCCCGUGUGUGACUUAAGCGAACCAAUAAGGUGUCAUUCAAGUCUUCCUGUUUGCUUGAUUGUAACGUGAUGUUAACGAAAGUCGCCUAGAUGGAUAAGAUAGAGUUAAUAUAAAUGGCUUUGGUAUUUGUUUUUUGCUGAGUCCCAUAGUUUCUUAUAAAUUGUCCUCCAAAGUUGUCUCAAAUUAAAGUCUUAAAAAGUGUCACGACAGGCCUUCGCUCGAGUGAAAUUGAAUUUCCGUUAAACUCAGAAAAGAUAAAGAGAUCCGAUCUAACAGAUUGUGGUUUUAGUAUAGGUACAUGAAUGUCUUACAACACACAAGAAAUGAGCUAAAUCUGUCUCCAGCAAAAUCGGCCGGACCGCUCUUACAGAGACACUCUCUUAAUUCUUCUAAACUUCGGCCUAUUUCUCGCACGGUUUCAGGAUAUAAACAGAUUUAAGUAUUUUCUGCAGAUACUCCUCAAAAAGUAAAUAACAUUCAUCAUGCGAUAUGUUUUGCGUAUGUCUUGCGUUUCUACCUCGGAUAGUCAUGAAAAACACUUUAGUUCACUUGCGAAUAAACAGCUAGGUGGCCACGCUUGGAAACGAAGUUGAUCAAUGGUCUGUUGCCCAUGCAGCCUCCUUCCAAUCAAAUAUACCAUCGAACAACCUCGUUUAUUGCUCGCAUCUUCCAAAUUUGGUCAGUGCCCGUUGGGUAUGGAGAAUUAGCCCGGGGAUUGGAGCCAAUGAGAAGAGGCAAAAUAAUUUAAAUUAAUAACAAAAAAAGUGUUUGUUGUGGAAAUUACAACUCCCGUGCCCCUAAAGCAGGCGAUAACCUUUUGCCUAAAACGAUCCUACCAUUGUCAGUGGUACUUUGAUAUUAAUAGAAUGUUGUGUUGACACAGGGACGAAUUCCAGUGAAAUGGACAGCUUCUGAAGCACUCCUGCAUGGACUGUAUACUACAAAGAGUGAUGUGUGAGUUGAAACCAAAAGAUUCAAUUUUUGAUUUUCAACAUCUAAUGAACAAGCCAGAGGAGGAUCUAGGGGGAGGGUGCAGGGGGUGCGCACCCCCCCGAAAUGACUUGCGGUUUUCUAAUACAACUGGUAUUCUGCAAAAAAAAAACUAUUUGGUUUAUUGGUGUUGAAGUAGAGCAAGAGACGAGUGCACCCCCUCCUAAAAAAAAUCCUGGAUCCGCCCCUGCAAGCAAUUUUUAGUGAACUGAGAAUUUAACGAAAACGUGGUGAUUCGUUGCCGUAUCUCUAACAAAUCUUAGCUGUAACUUUUCAUUGAUGCAGAUGUAUUUAAGUCUCUAACAACUAUUUUGUUUUGAUGUAGAUGGAGUUUUGGAGUUGUGCUUUAUGAGAUAUUCACCGUAGGUAAGAUAUGGUCAGAAACUACCUUCCCCCAAUGUAAUUUUCUCUCAAAAAUUUCGAAUACCAAAUGAAAGCAUGAAUCUAUUAUCACGAAUUGAAAAGGAAAGAAGACACUGGUUUCACAAGACCGUUUACUUUUACAACUCUGGAGUCAUUGUUUCAAAAUUACGAAAAAGUGCAGAAGAACAAAGAGUAUGAUACUUUGAAUAUUUCUUAUACAUUUACUUCAUUACCUGUGUUAUCUUGUUUGGCAAUUUUAAUGUUAACGCGCCUUCCUUGAGGUAUGAUGAAAACCACUCUGCUCGAACUCAGAACACAAUUACUACCUUUUUCAAAUUUUAACACAUAUUUUUAAGGUGGGUCACCUUAUCCAAGAACUGAAGGAAUGGAAAUGUAUUCGCUGCUCGCAGACGGCUACAGAAUGCCAAAGCCAAGCCACGUAGAUGACACUCUGUAAGUCAAAACGAAACAAAACGAAACAAGCAUAGACAAAAUUAAAAGAAUCAGCAAUUGCAAUAUCAUAGGAGGCCUAGAUUCUCAUGGGCGACAGAGAUAAUUAUAAGCGGAAGAUGCGACCGUACAGUGUAAAUGGAUUGUAGACGUCUUGUUUUCAGCUACAUUUAAUUUUGGGGUUAAACAUUAUAAAUUAGCCCUCGCGCUUCCGACAGGUAUCCACCAUGUACUAUUUUAACCUUAAAUCUUAACGUUAAUGAAAGUAACUAUACCAUUAACAUUCUAGCGAUGGGCGGUCCUAAGAUGUCUCUAUUGACCUUUUGCCAUAGGCCUUUUGCAUUAGUUGUUCACGUGAUCAACUUUCGGUAAACAUGGAAACAGUUCGCUUUUGAAAAUUUCUGUUAGCACAAGCUGAAAGAGCAUAUUAAAAUUAGGUAACCUGUAAAUUUUCAGCCGUAUAUCUCAAAAACAGUAAUUGCAACGGCCGCCGAAAAUUAGAAGGAUUUGAAUGAGAAAAACAAUUUUUGCCACCCAGUCACGCUUGAAUGGUUUUCCAUACAAAUCCUCAGUUAUAAAUUUCGAAAUUUUCAAACUGUCGUUAAUGUUACGGGGCUCAAAUCUCAUUUUAAUAUGUGACCCUCCACAGGAAUUUGAUGCUAAAGGUGAAAGCACGCGCACGACACGCUUGCACGACACGCUUAGCGUGCCGUAGAUCACGGAUAUGCGCAUAUUAAAUUGAAAAAACAAAGACGGACACACUUGCCUUUGUUUUGGCAAAUUUAACACGCUAGACCUUUUGUUUUUUUGUAGCGUGCCAUAUGUCACGGUAAGUGCGCGAAUUAUAGCACGGUUAGCGUGCAAUUUGGGUAAGACACGCUGAACACGCUUGAUUACUAAAACCGCUAAGAUGAUAAAAAUGGCUUGGGUUUUCAGCGGAUUUAAUCAGCAUUGAUAACUGGUCGAAGUGAAUCAAAUAUACCAGUUGAGACUGUUUUGGAAUUUGAUAGUAACCGUGGCCAUUUGAAAAUCACGACUUAAUUGUGGUCUAGCCUGGAAUUAAUGCGAGAUCAGUGUAAACCAAUUCCUCCGGCUGUCGGCUAAUGACCGGAAUCGCAAAGAGGCCUGCUAUCGCAUGCGAGGCACUGAAGUUAUGUCGCCUGAAAAUUAUAGUUAUGCCACCGGAAUAUUUAUUAGCAGUAAUGCACAGAGAAAUGAAGUUGAAUAAAUUAGUUUAAUAUAUUUCUUUAAGCCAUGCUGAGACGAACGAAGGUAAUUAAAUCGGAGAAACAAAAACUGCCUAGAAUUUUCCAUAGGUUGAGGAAGGCUAAACAUUUCUAGAUGACCGUUCCAUGCAUGUACAAUUUUCGAAGGUUAUCUAAUAAAUUCCUUACGAUUUUCUGAAGUUUAAUUUUUUCCAUUUCAUUCCCCAGUUAAGCUAUUUUUCGUAGAGAAUUAAAGAAUCCUAAAAUUUUCGGAACCGAAAAUACGAUAAAAUUCUCACUUUCCUAAAACUUUCAAUUGGAAGCUAAAUUUUUCGGGAAAAUAAUGCUGAAGCCCUUGUAAUUUCGAAAAGACUGAGGUUGUCCUAGGAUGCUAAGAUGCAUUUAGGAGGAAAUCGCCGUCAGGUGCCCCUGACGAACGAAGCGCUAUGCUAAGACGAAUCAAGCGCUGUAAACGUGUACUAUAUCUCGUUCUUCACAGGACGAAAAAAACAAGAAUCUGUAAGCUAAAAACACUGUAGAAUGAGGGAGAAUUGCGGGCGACUUUUCUUUGAAUUUUGGGCGACAAAACUCAUAUUAUCAGGUUUUGGACGACAUAACUUCAAACGACAUCACUUUCGAGUAGCUUGACCGUCACCCCUUUAGAUCGAGCUCGAUGAAUUAAUUCAAUGACCGAACUUUAUGGAGCAAAUGAUUGCCUUCAAGAAUUUCACGCGGACUACUUUUAAUUUAGUUCUUUUUCUCUUUUCUCAGUGUGUGACUGACAGAGAUUUAAUUCUCGGAUCGAACUUUAUAUAGUACUCUAAACACGCCGUAUUAUCGUGGCAAAAACAAAGAAUCAAACAAAAAAGCACCAUACAAUUUCUGAAUUCUGUUAAAAAAUACAUUUUUUGCUUACUAUUCAAAAAGCGGUCAAACAGUCAUUAAUUAACUGAUGUUUCGCUUUUUGUGUUAUUGUCGGCCGGAUCAAUUAAGCAACGUUGGAAACAUUUUGGAAUUUUGGUACAUCUAGAAAAGCAGGCUGGUUUUCAUUUGAUCACUACGAUCCUUGCAAUCGCUAAGAAAUAAAUACAAUGGCACUUGAUGAUUUCUAUUAUAUUUGAUCGCGAUUGCUGCGAUCGGCAAGAAAGUGUCAAGUCCGAAAGAUCACUGUUUCUGAGAAAAUUGCAAAUGUGUUUUCAAUUAAGGAAAGUUAAGAUAACCUUUGCACAGCUUCGUCAGUAAACAUUUCUGGAAAGAACUUUGAUUUUGCAAUGCUAAUAUAGUUCUACCCAUAAAUCCAGUAGGUCACACCGUUCACUGGUUAUACUUUUCAAGCGACAACGUUUUUUCAAUCAGAUACUAUCGCUGCGAUCGCUGAGGUAUAACUUUUUCUUUCUCGAUAGUUACCAAAAAAGGGUGCCGUUCAUAAUCAUUUACGGUUCCUUUUUGUAGAGGAAAUUUAUUUAGCUUAUAGAUAACACGCCUUGCGUGCUUUUGCGCACACUGAAAGCGUGUUGUGCUUUUUCGCACGGAGCUUUUGUUUGAAAACUUUAACACGCUCUUUUGUUCGACUUGCUCACGCUUAAUUGUCUCAAGCGUGUCCUCUGAAACAAAAGAAAUUGCUAAUAAGGCAAGAUUGUAAGCGUGCUAAAGCGUGUUAAAAUAAAUUCUUUUGUUUUAAAGUGAAAGCGUGUCGUGCGCGUGCUUUCACCUUUAGCAUUAAAAUCCUGUGGAGGGUCACAUAUGUAACAGGAAAUUUGAGACCUUAAAUGCGUAACGGAAAGAUUUAACGACAGUUUAAAAAUUUCAGAGUUUACAAGGAGUGGCGAAAGUUUAUUUUCUCAUACAAAUCCUUCUAAUUUUCGGCGGCAGCUGCAAUCGCUACUUUUGAGAUGUGGGACUAAAAUAUAACAGGUUUCCUAAUUUUUUAUGCUCUUUCAGCUCGUGCUAACAAAAUUUCUCGAAAACGAACUGUUUUCGUAUUUACUGAAAGUUGAUCACUCGAUCAGCUAAUGCAAAAGGUCUAUUUCUCUCCAGUCUUGGCUUCAAGAGCAGUAGCACGGAAUCAAUUUAGGACAAAAUGGCUAAAAAGCUUUCGUUAGCAGCAGGUGGAUUUCUUUGACUCGUUUAGGUUAUGGACUGUACUAAUGCUUUAAUAUUUAUCUUCAGAUACCAGAUUAUGCUCAGUUGCUGGCAAGACAAUCCCGAUAAUCGUCCAACCUUCGAAUUGCUGGGAAGUGAACUAAAGAAAAUGGAAAAUCAACACAAGGUAUAAGCAACAUCAUCGCAAAAAAAGGCACAGUUCAGGGAAAAGAGAAAUUUGUGCCUUCGUACCUUAGGACCUUGGCUUGUAUUGUGUUUAGUCAAAUGUUUUGAUACCUAAUCAUCUUUUUUGAGGGCCCACAACAGUCUAUUUGCUUUCGAUGGUAACUUCGAGAUAUGCAGGGAUGUUCUAAAAUAUAUGUACCUUUCAUGUCACGAUGAUAUUACACGCAAGUGUGGGAAAUUAAUACUAGUUAUAAAUGCCUCAAUCAUAAAAUACCCCACGGGUGACUUGAUGUUUCUUAGCCCUAGGCCAAACGUCGAAAGUUUCAUGAGACGAACCAAACUCUAAUUUGGGUCAACCUAAACUAAUUUAAGAUCUUCUGUUGGGUCAGACGUCGACCUUUGUAGGACGGGUCAAGCCAAUCAUCUGAAUCAGACCAAAACGCAAAUUUAGCCAGCUGGUGAUGAUGUUUCUCCCGAAUGAGGCUAAAUGUACAUUAUCAAACAAAUUUUCAGUUAGGUCCCUCGCAGAGGAAAAUCGAGGUUUGUCCCAAAUGUAGUCUGUCCAUAACAAUGUCCAAAUGAUCAAUAGCGUGUCAAUGAAUAAAGUUCGUAUUCCACUGUCUACUUUACCUGCAUCCUGAAGAAAAUAUCAAGACAGAUGUCGAAUGUUCAUGACGCGAUUUAAGUUAGGCUUCAUGUUUCGAAGUGCAGGUGUGUAUCCAUAUCGGUCUUCGCAACGUUAUGGUAAACUAGUUUGUUUGUGUCGCUCUCGGUUAGAAAGUUCCCAAACUUGUUUGUCCGUUACAUUUUCCGUUUGAAUUCUUUUUGUAUUAGUAUUUUAACUUUGACUUCUAAAAAGUCUGAAUGCUAGUUAAAACUCGUAUAGCGGAGCUCUCCAGUGGAGAGCCAUGGGUAAGAAAAUUUGAGAUUUUGACUCCACUACACAACAUCAACAGACAAAACGUAAUGGCAAAUAAGUCUAUUUUGGGACGGCUUGGCGAGAACCAACCCUACGAAGUACUUAUGUAAAUACAAUAAUAGGUGAUUACUGGUGAAUACCUAAUGUACAACACUCGUAAACUAGCUUUCACAAAAAGAAAAAACUCGUGCUACAAAUGGUCGCUCUUGACCUGAAUCACCCAGUUAAGCACGCAGGCUUAGUGCCAGUUAGGCUGCCAGUAAUUCUAGGGAAACUACUUAACAAAACUCUGACAACAAAUAGCUGGCACAGGGAACACGGUAGGAGCACAGAGGCUAAGCAAAAAGAAAAACUGCUAUAACUGGUCGAUCUCGACCUAAAUCCCCCAAAUAAGCACGCAGGCUUAGUGCCAGUUAGGCUGGGGAAACUAAUUAAUAAAACUCUGACAACGCAUAACUGGCACAGGGAACACGGCAGGAGCACAGAGGCUAAGCAAAAGAGAGAUCUGCUACAACUGGUCGAUCUCGACCUGAGUCCCCCAAAGAAGCACGCAGGCUUAGUGCCAGUUAGGCUGCCAGUUAGGCUGCCAGUUAGGCUGGGGAAAUUUAAUAAAACUCUGAUCAACGGAUAACUGGGACCGGGAACACUUCAGGAGCACAGAGGCUGAGUGCCAGGAAAACUGGGAAUUAUCUCCAUUAAUGUACCCAACAAGGCACGUAGCCCAAUAACCAGUAAGGCUGCCACAAAAGGCCAGGGCAGGACAUUGAAAGUAAACAAAUGGGUAACGACGCUGGCUAGAAGUCUGUAACAUUGCCUGCAACCUAACUGCAUCAAACGAGACUUAUGUCGCCUCCUAAAGAGCGGUUCCGGGACUGCUGACCUAGACAUACAUAGAAACUAAAUAUAUCAAGUAAAGGAGCAGAUGCAAAACUGAGAUAACUGUACAAGCACAUAAAAUAAGAAACGGGAAAAAACUGAAAACUAGCAGAGCUGAGCUACCGCUUACAAACUGAAGUAAAUGCGGUCAGACGGAGGCCAGAAAAAACCUGCCCAAAAAAACCCCUAAGGGAAAAAAUGCGGGCAGGAAAUCUGGGUAGGAACCAAGGCUCAAGCUCAAAGCCCUUCCUACGGGACUUUACGAUGUCAUCGAGAAUAUGUUGCUCCUAAAAAUAAAUAAAACAAAAAUAAAGAAAAACCAAAGAGGGGGUGGUUCGUAAGCCUAGAUGACGUACACGUGAUACACCCACCUUAUAUACCCCCGAUAUGGCUACCCAUGGUGCACCCGGCCUAGUACCCAGGCCCUGUUGUAUCUCGUGCCGUCAUAAUAUUUAUUUCUGUCUUCUUCGCGGGCUCAUUCGUCAGAAAUAACAUAUUUUGACUCCACUACACAACAUCAACAGACCAAACGUAAUGGCAAAUAAGUUUAUUUUGGGACGACUUGGCGAGAACCAACCCUACGAAGUACGUAGAGUGACAAAGUAUUGGGCGAAAUGACAAAUGAAAGCUCCUAGAGCCCAAGAAACUGAAAGCCUUUUUUCUAGGUCAUCAUCGGUAGACGUCCUUGGCUAGAACGGACUUCCAGCGGCCGAGCCACUGAAACACAGUCACUAACCACAUUAUAAGCAGCGGAAGUGGCCCCUCUCGAACGCAAGGAAUAAAAAACCAAACGUGGAAGGGUCAACCCCGAAACUUCUCAGGUCCUUGCGAAAAGCCUCUCAAAUUGUGGUAUAGCUGAUAGGCUCGUCCUGGGAAACUAACUUAAAGGAGCUGUUCCCGCGAGACAUGGGCCUAAAAAUGAGAUUCCUGGAGCUAGAGGGAUGGAAAAAUGGGCAAGGUACGAGCAGGCCAAACAUUUCCGAAAAAAUCACUCCGAUUCAUCGCCCUUACAAAGUUGGUCGUUCUUGCUUUGGAGAACCUUAAUGAUCAUGAAACCCUCAUGAAAAUAUAAUUCCCCCUAGUUAUGGAGACCUCAUCAAACGAAAAAUCCUUUUGGGAGCACACCUCACCCCUUCAAUAAUCGGGUUAUCCGUGGGAGAGGGGAUACCCGCCAUGGUAUGAGCCCAUUUACUACCGUAAACAGCCGAGGCUAAGACGCACGGGGAGUGCGACUCUUCAAUGAGGUGUUGCAAAUACAAGGCAACAUGGCAGGGACUGGCAGGACAGGCCCAGGAAUGAGGCUUACUGGCAGCAAAGCAUUUUUACUUGCGAGAAGCACGAAGGUACACUACUGUCGUACUAACGGCCUUUGAGGAGAGAACCGUCGAUUGCAUUGUAGACUGUCUGUCAGCCUCAGUAUUCAACCCUCUGGUGGGAAAUUCUAGGGCCCGCGCUAGAAACCAGAGCGGAACAUAUCUGAAAAGUAAUCGAAAAUACAAGAAGAAAAUGUGAGGAGCACGAAAUAAAAAAGAAUUAAAAAAAAAAAAAACGAGCUUAAAACACUGGAAAAGGGAAGUGGGAGGAGAGUGGGCGGAAGGGGGGUCAAAAACCUUAUGGGUCCAAACCUAAAAGUACGCAUAACAAGCGUGUAGAGGCACAGGUAACACUUUCCGUCAGGCGGCGUAGAGCAGAAGCCCGCCAGGGACGAGGAAGGUCUGGGGCGCCGAAAAUAAACUCGAAGCGCUAUGACGCCAAAAAAUAAAGGCCUGGAUCUGAAAAGGGAAUUACGGGCCUUCCCUGGAACAAAUAACCCCUGGAACUAAGGCAAUAAAACCCAGUCGACAACAAAACUAUUCCAAUGCACUCCAUCUCUAGUAAAACAUUCCAGAAAAUAGCUGACUUCCAUAGGGGAGGAACAAGGGUUCCCGUGAGCGCGGCAGAGCCCAAUUUGUCUGAUGACUCUGACAAUGAGGCAAACCUGUAGGCCAAGCCAGUUGUCGUCCUAACUCCUGGCUGAAAAAAUCGAGAGUUAAGCCUAGGCAACUCGCCGUUGUAGCUACAGGCGAACCUGUCAAUAGUGUAAGGACCUAAGAGGUGAUUUAGCCCUUGAAAAACGGAAACGUUGAGACCGUAACCAUCGAAGUCAACAAGAUUGCAGAUACAGUCCGCACUGGCGUUCAGGUCUCUAGGGAUCCACUUGACCUAGAACGAAAUACAAUGAUGAGAGCAAAUUUGAAAAACAACUAGGCCUAAAUCCCGGAGGUCGCGUUUCCUGCUGCCUUCGCGAAGAAUGGAUUCGACGUUAUGGUUGUCAGAAUACCAAAAAACCUUGGACUGAUUAUGUAAAGGGCUCCCGAAGGCUAGUAAGGCAAGAAAAACCGCUUUGAGUUCUCUACAAGUCGAUCUACGAACACUUUCCGACCAAUUCUGAUGAAAAAUCAGCUCAGGUUCAGGCUCCUCUUAAGCGCCGCAGGCUGAAUAGGAAGCAUCGGAGAAGCCGGAGCUUACUCUCACUGGAAGCGAACUGGAACCCCUCAAUAAAUUUUGCCGUUAAGAGGCUAACAUUGUUCGACCAAAAUUCAAUUUCAUACAAAGAAUAAACGGACAGGAAAACCUAGCUAUCCCAGAAAACACCUGAGUAAACAACUGAGAAAAGAAAUCGGGCCAUGAUACACGCGACGGAUCCAACGCAACUCGAAAGGGAAAUACUUUGGCCAGCUACACACGGGACGCGUAGAACAUGGACUGUGGUGGAAGACUAAUACGAAGACAAAGCCACCAGGUCGUGAGACAAUUUAGCAAUGCGUUCAUCCGUGGCUCUAAUACUUCCAUCGAGAGUGUUCUGAACACGAAGCCACAAGAAAAUUUGAACGGGCUACCACAGGGACUUUUCCUCAUUAGGAAUUCGAACAAAGCGAGACUAAGGCAAAUCGGCAUGGACAGCCCACAAACUGCAAAUUUUGGUCUGAACGCGAUAGGCUCCUCCUCCUAUAGCUAGACCAUAGUCAAGAAAAAUGGCAAUAGGGAUACCUUGGCUUCUUCUUGCUUUCUGAAGCGGUUUGAGGGAGGCUGACAAGAACCCAAAAGGAAACGCGCAAAGUAGAAAAUACCUAAAAAUCCAGGUGCCGAGAUCCCAGGUGAACGCAAGGAAAUACCGGUGAUCAGGGAAAAUUACGAUAACCGCACUAGAGAUAAAAUAUAAAUAAAUAAAAACCCAUCUCAAAAAAUUAAGUGGCCAUGGACAAGUCUUCGCACUUGAAUUUCUGUUUGUAGAAAAAGGUGCAAACGUGCCUAAAAUCCAGGAUUAACCUUUGUUAGACGGAGCGGCGGGUCAAACAAAAAGCGGGUAAAUGAUAUUGGAAUGCAAAAAAUUUCUGAAAGGAGGUAGAGACUGGGAAGCUCAUUAACAGCUACGGACAAAAAGAACUGUAAACACGUGCGGAGGCAUUGUAGGAUUAGUAAAAAAACAUAAAAAGCUGGAAGAAGGGACUUAUGUAACUAAGACUAAUAACAUUCAAAAUGAACAGAGAAACUAGCAAAGUAUGCCAGAAAUAGAUCACUAUGAAAAAUAUUCCCCAAACUGAAGGUAGAAUAGAAAUAUCAACGGUACACUCAGAGCUCUAAACCGCGCCUAAAACUAGCGGGGUCAACGUCAGAAGAAACUGGUAUAACAUCGAGACAAUCCUGAUCCAUAUAACGGCUUGCCGCUUAAAAAAUUCAGUACUAAAUUAGAAUAGACUGCACCUGAUUGUUUUCCUUCAUCUAGCCAUUUAGGAGUUUGGCAUGUUUGGCUUGUCCAUCGUCGGGUAACAGGAACGCUUUCCACUGGCAAAACAGGUCCCGACACUGGGUCGACGAGAAGGCGAAAAACAGGAACGUUUGACAUAAGAGGCUGGGGUUGCAUCUGUGAACUUGAGGUGGACGCCGGCGUUCCCACUGGCGAGGAUCUGUUGUUGAGAGUUGAAAGAGUGGUCUUCUUCUUCUUACCGGCCUAGUACGCUACAUGGCCGCAAAAUUCUGCACUGUGGAUCCUUUGAAACUGGUCUUCGUUGGCCUUCUUCUUGAACUUACGUGGUUCAUUAUACUUUAGUUUCUUAAUUUCUUUCAUCUGCUGCUCGGCCAAAUAUUCGUUAGCAAGCUUGAUUUGACCAACAGUUUCAAUUAACAAAUCUUUAAACGAGUCCAUUAACUGUUUGUUAUUCUCCUAAAUGAGAUCGGACACUUCGUCUUUGCUGACGGAUAUAACGCAAGAAAGAGCCAAUAAGAACGUUAAGAAAAACCAAAGAGAGGGUGGUUCGUAAGCCUAGAUGACGUACACGUGAUAUACGCAGCCUUAUAUACCCCCGAUAUGGCUACCCCUGGUGCAACCGGCCUAGUACCCAGGCCCUGUUGUAUCUCGUGCCGUCAAAAUAUUUAUUUCUGUCUUCUUCGCGGGCUCAUUCGUCAGAAAUAACAUUAUCCAAGCAUCCGAGAAAUUUUGGUGGUCACGUGACCGUCCGCACCACAGGGUAACCAUUGUGAAAAAAAACUGUUUUGAUUUGUGUGGAGCCUGCAACCUGUGUUUAACUUGGUGAUAAACGUCGAUGUUAUGGUCAUCUUGGCCACCCGGACUUUUAGAGAGAAAAACAACAACAAAGCCAAGUCUUUUUGGCUAAAUUAUAAUAUCUAAGACGUGUAUAACACAGACGGAGCCAGAGCAAGAGAUAAAAAACAAAUAAGUCGAAUUUCGUUAGAAACACAACAUGAAAAUCUUAAAGCGGUGGUGACAAUUAUUGUAAAAAUGAGCGGCAGUGAAUAAUAAAGCGAACAGGAACAAAAGCAACAAAUUUUUUUGGUGAGAACGUAGAACAUUUCCUACAGAAAACGUGUAACUAGAACGUUUCAAGCUGUGGUAGUGCAUAACAAAGACAAAGAAAUGUACAAAAAAGUGUGCUACACAUGCAAGGUUUUUGUUGUUGUUGUUGUUGUUUUUUUUGCUAAUUUGACCUUUUCAUUUUUUUUCUCUUUGUUUUCCCGUUUUCGUUGCCUUCGUCGUUUAGCAUAACACGAUUACAGUGAUCAUAUCCGCUCUAUAUUCGGCGGGAAAAUGUGGAAGCCGCAAGCAUUGCUUGGAUUUUUCAUGAAAUACGACCCCUUUCAUAUGGCAGAAUAUGGAACAGAUUUCUAGUUUGUUGUUUGGCUGUAUUCUCAAUGGCGUGGGAUAGAACUCCUUGUCAUCCAAUACUCAAUUAUCUUGCAAGUAAUGUUGGCCGGGUUAGUUUGUGGGUAAAUAACGAGCAUUUUACAUACUUUUUUCUCGCAGAGGCUUAUCAACAUGAAUGACUACGACAAGAAGCUGUACGAAAAUGUGUAG